AUGGAAAUGGAGACAGCUGCGCUCCUAAAGCACUAUGAAGAUCAGUUGUACCGGCCCAACGGCGUUGGCUUCGAAACAUUGUGGCCGUCCGAUGAUACCAUCGAAUAUCGAACGAUCAUCCACUCAGAAGCACGGGACUGGCAGACACCUGAAAAACCACGGCAUCUGCGGUUGUCGUGGUUCAGCAACAUGGCUUAUAGGAACGACGACGAUCUACAGAUAUUCCUAUUAUGGAAACCGCAGAAUGGACCCUGA